AUCUGGUGGUUCUAUGGCUUCUCUUUUGCAGCUGUGGGGGUUCCACAGUGAUAACUGGGAUUUUUACCACCAUAUAAAGCAACAUCCAUCUCCUGGUCUGAACUGUAACUGCAAGUGGAAAGAUGGGGAAGGUGAUGGUAUGGACAGCUGUGGCAAUUUUUCUGCAGUUGCAGCUGGGCUCUGCAUAUAAACUUGUGUGCUACUUCACUAACUGGUCUCAAUAUAGACCUGACCCAGCUAAGUACUUCCCAAACAACAUUGACCCAAAUCUUUGUACCCACUUGGUUUAUGCUUUUGCUACUAUGAAAGAUAACAAAAUAGCUCCUUAUGAAUAUAAUGAUGAAGAUGAACUCUACCCUCAAUUCCAAGCACUGAAAAAGAGCAAUCCCCACCUGGUUACCUUGCUGGCUAUCGGAGGAUGGAACUUUGGCACUGAAAUGUUCACUGCUAUGGUCUCCACAGAAGCUAAUCGCAAGAUCUUCAUUGAUUCAGUGAUUGCAUACCUCCGUAAAUUUGGCUUUGAUGGAAUUGACCUGGACUUUGAAUACCCUGGGUCAAGGGGCAGUCCCCCUGAGGAUAAGCACCGAUUUACUCUCCUGAUUCAGGAAAUGCUCACUGCCUUUGAAAAGGAGUCUGCGGAGUCUAGACUACUGGUUACAGCUGCAGUAUCUGCUGGUGUAGAAACUAUUAAUGCUGGAUAUGAAAUUGCUGAGAUAGGGAAACUACUGGAUUACAUUAGUGUGAUGACAUAUGACUUCCACGGUGACUGGGAUAGUGUCACAGGAUGCAACAGCCCUUUAAACUCAGGUUCUCAGUGGUGUGAAGAUGAGUGUUUCAACUGUAAAUGUGCUAUGGAGUAUUGGAGGGACCAAGGUGCCCCUGCAGAGAAACUUCUGAUGGGAUUUCCCACCUAUGGACGGUCUUUCAGACUUAGUAGCAGUAGUAGCACAGGCCUCUGUGCAUCAGUGUCUGGGGCUGGUACUUCAGGGCCAUAUACGGAAGAAGCAGGAUAUUGGGCUUACUUUGAGGUCUGCACUUUUCUAAAGGAAGAGGGCACUCAAGUGAAAUGGCUGGAUGAACAAAAAGUUCCAUAUGCCUAUAAAGGAGAUAUUUGGGUAACUUAUGAUGACAUUUGCAGCUACAGAUACAAAGUCAAAUACUUGAAAGAGAAGAACUAUGGAGGUGCCAUGGUAUGGGCUAUCGAUUUGGAUGACUAUCUUGGUACUUUCUGCAAUAAAGGAACAAAUCCUUUAAUAAGUGAACUGAAAAGAUUGCUUGAAACAAAUGAUCCUAUUGUGCCAAACUGCCCUCCAGUUGAUCCUCCAGUGACACCUCCAGUCGAUCCCUCUACUCCCCCUCCAGUUGGUCCCACUACUCCCCCUCCAGUUGGUCCCACUACUCCCCCUCCAGUUGAUCCCACCACUACCUCUCCAGGGAAUCCAGGAGAUGAAAACUUUUGUACUGAGAAAGUGGAUGGCAUGUAUGCUGACCCAAAAGACAAAUCAAAAUUCUACAUUUGUGCAGGAAACCGCACAUACCAACUCAGUUGUCCAGCUGGUCUGAUCUUUAAUAUUGGCUGCAUGUGCUGUGACUAUCCAAAAAAUUAACACUGCUCAGAUCAAACCCACUGUCAAAUUCUUUUAUCCUUCUAUAAUACUGAGAAGUAGCCAACUUCUGGAAUUCUAUUAGAAAACUAAUACAUUAUUUGUCUUACCUGCCAAUAUUACUGUAUAAAACCUAGCUUGGGGAGCAGCUUAUAAAUGAUAAAUGUUAUUAAGUAUUGUUAUUGUGUCACUAAGAGGCUAUAUGUGGUCAAAAUCAGGUCACUAUAAAGUUGUUCUGUGGUUGCUUUCAUGCUUUGUGCUUUCGCUGGUCACAUGGUAGUCAAGUAUGAGUGGUUCCAUCUUUAAAAUCUUGAGUGAUUAUGUACACUGAACAACCAUGACUGCUGUACAUCAAGUUUAAAACAAUCCACAAUUAAAAUGACCAAUUUAAUACAA